AUGACUGCUCCAAUUUUAUCGUAUUUACAAGCAGCCAAUAAAACGCUUGCUGCCACGCUUGCGUCCAAGGGUAGAUUGAGAAUCGUCUCUGGAAACCAGUCCGCCGAUCUCGAUUCUGUGGUUUCAGCCAUCACCUACGCCUACUUCCACCAUGUCGCACACCCCACCAUCCCCAUCAUCCCCUUGAUCAACAUCCCGCGUGCGGACUUGAACUUGAGGAAGGAUAUUGUGUAUGCAUUGGGCAAGCAAGCCAUCACCGUCGAUUUGUUGUACUUUGUGGAGGAUUUCCACAAGAUUGACCCCACUUUGAUCGACUUGGUGCUUGUAGACCACUGUGCGCCCCAGGGCGACUUGAGACACUUUACCAACGUCAUUUCCAUCAUCGACCACCACGAUGAUGAGAAUAUGUUUCUUGAUGCCCAGCCACGAAUCAUCGAAAAGAGUGGCAGCUGUUCGUGCCUUGUGUUUAAUUACUGGUACGAUGUGUUGACCAAAGGAAGCGUGAGCACCGCUGUAUUUGCUGACGUGAUGGACAUUCUUGUGGCACCACUUCUUACCGAUACGGGAAACAUGAGUAACAAGGUGGAACCGGCUGAUAUUGCCGCUUUUGACAAGUACUCGGCCAUUGCUCCGUUCCUAAACUUUGCCGCGUACGCCGACGAGCUCAAGCAGCAGAAGAAGGAUCUUUCGGGAUUGACGUUGAGCGAAAUUUUGCGCAAGGACUACAAAGCGUACGAGUUUCAGACCGCGUCUGAUGGGAUCAAAACUGUAGGGAUCUCUUCCAUGCCCAAGUCCUUCAGCUACUUCUUCAAGAACUUCUCCACUAUCGAGGCUGAGGUCAAGGAAUGGGGCGUACAUCAGAAGUUGGACUUGGUGUGCAUGAUGGCUAGUGAUAAGAAGGUGGAGUUUGUGAGACAGAUUGCUUUUUACGACUUCGUGGAUGAUGUAUUGUCUGAUAAGAUUGCUGGCUUGUUGAGGCAGGAGUUGCAGUUGGAAUCAUUGGAUACCUCUAAAAGCAAUGAGGUGUUUAAAACCUUAAAAUUUUACAAACAGUUGAACGUUGCUGCCAGCAGAAAGCAGGUUGCCCCCGCCAUGAAGGAGGCAGUUCUGAGGCUCUAA